AUGGGACUUUCUACAACAAAAUCAGAUUCAACACAUAAUCUGGAAUUCAAAGCAACGCUGGUCCACUGGAAUACUUUCGACAAGGAGGUUCGCGCCCUUUCCCACCGGAUAGAUUGGAAAAAUUUCCCUUCUGUCCUCGCAUAUGCACCUACUGAGAAGCAUGCCGGUCCACAUCACACAUACUCAGAACAUUGGCUUUGUGGAGAUGAGCUUAGCGUUUCCGGCCGCUUUGGCCAAAACGUCGGUCAUAUAACGAGCUCUGUAUUCCGUGCUUUGAACAUCCCUUCGUGGUUUGGUGACUACAGAACAUGUGUGAACGGCACGGUCGAGCGAAAGGUUCCGGAUUUUGUGAUGGUAAAUGCACAAGGUCACUUGCAAGCAGUGGGAGAAAUGAAAACUCCGUGGAUGCAUAACCUGAAGAAUGUCAUGCUGAGUGAUCAAACGGAGUUCAGGCAUUGUCUCGGGCAGAUAUCCCGCUACAUGUACCUCUCCAAGAUGAAAUACGGUUUUCUUACCACGUACGACCAAACGAUCUUCUUUAAGCAAGCCCCAAGCCCGGGAAAGGCGAAAGAGCUAGCUCUGUGGCACUCCGACGUGGUUUACUACCACCAAGGUGGCAAUAUGGUUUCUCUGCGAGAGUGCUUCCUCUUCCUCGGUUUACAUAUCAAAGCUGGGGAUUAUACAUGCGAAAACACUAUGCCCUACAAGCGCUGGGUAGGCUCUCCAGGUGGCGUGUAUACCGAUGACGAUUACCUCUCCCCUGACGACUCCCGAGAGCUUUCUGAUCGACAUUCAUCCGAGUCUCCGCCUCCAGUCUCCGCCCGUACGACAGCCGCUCGGCAUGGAAUGAACAUAGACCAAAGGGCGCGGCGAGUAGUGACUCGGUCUCAGUCACAAGCCAGACAUGUCCAGGACCUAGAAGGUCCGCAUCUCCAGAGCAGACUUAGGCGAGCCCGAGACAGCCAGCGAAGAGGACGAGAUGCAACGGAACGCGGAGGGAAUGAAAUAACUGAGGGGACGCAAGCGCUUCGCCUGGAGCGGGAGAGCCGCCCCAAUGUACCGCCAACCCCUGCCUAUCUGGAUCAGUCGGGUCGGCCCUACGUAAGAAUGAGCGAUCAGUCUAGGUAUGUAACCCUCGUGAAGGAUGGGCGGGGACAGCAUUAUUACGAAACUACCGCUGGUCGUCAAUAUGUGGAGGUUCAGUAA